AUGGACACCCGGCGGGGAGCUCGAGGCCUUUCUCACCGGGGACGCUCCUCCAGAUCCCCUGAGGUGCUGUUAGACGACAGUGACAGCAUGGGCAAUUCCAUCAUCUGCACUGACAGUCCUGGGAACAUGUUCUCAACUCUGACAUCCAUUGAUGAACAGGAUCCCUUGGAAUUGGUUCAGGAAGCCACAGAGAAUUGUGGGCGCUUGCAGCAAUAUUUUGAGCAAAUGGCAGAGAAAUACCAAAGACUCAGAAGCCGUCAGCAGCACAUAGACUGUCUGCUAGAAGAAAUCAGAAGUGACUGUGAAAACGUGGAGAAGUCCAAGGAAAAGGUGCAGCAAUUCAUUGGAAUCCCAGAGCCAGGAGCCUUGACACUGUGCCAGAAGAACACCAAGCAGCAGAAGGAGGAAGCGUCAGCCCAGGCAGAAAAGGCAGAGCAGAAGGACAGGAUGGAGGCAAGUGAGCGUGAAAGGCACCAUGCAGAGAUGCAGGAGACACUGGAACAAUGGGAAAAAGAGAAGGCAGAGAGAGAGCAAGAGCACCAGAAGAUUCUGUCUGAGAUGAGGCAGAAAUUUGCCACUUUGGAGGCCCAACAAGAAGCAGAACAAACAAGAUUUGAAAAUGCCAAGCGAGAGGUGCUGCUGGAAGAGCAGAAUGAGAGGAGUGCUUUAUCAGAGGCACUGCUCCAGACUCGGGGAGAGCUCAGCCAAGCCUGCCAGCAGAUCCAGCAGCUCAGGCAGGAGUUGAAAGAGCAGCAAGAGAAGGAGCAGACCAUCAAGGCAGAGCUGCAAGCUGAGCUGCAGGAAGCUCGGAGUGAAAUCCAGGCAGCGCAGAGGAGGCACAAGGAAGAGCUGCAAGGCGUCAGGGAGGAAAUGAAUCUCCUCCUUGAGCAGAGGGACGCUGUACAAAAGCAGGUGGGAGAGUUGACAUCUCAGCUGGCAGCCUCCCAAGAGUCCCAGGAAGCGAUUGUCCAGAGAGCACAGAAGGAUGUGAGCUGGGCACAGGAUCAGUCAAGGCAGAAGCUGUUGGAGGUUGAACACACCAAGAAGCAGCUGGAAGAGGCAGAACAUCAGAACAAGGAGCUGCAAGUGCACCUGCAGAACCUGGAGAGGGAAUGGAGUCAAUGGAAAGAAGUGGCUCAGCAAAAUUCAGAAUUGCAGGCUUCUGUGAAUGUCCUAGAGAGGGAAAAAGCCAGGCUGAUUCUGUCUCUGGAGGAAAAGAUCCUGUGCCUCAGAACGCUGGAAGAAAAGAACCUGGAACUGAACAAUCAGGUGUCUCAGUUUCAUUCUGCUCUUCAGGAGACUGAGCAGCUCUGUUCUGAGCAUAGAAGAGAACUGCAGGAGCUCAACAGCCAGACCUGGGCCAUGGUGGAGGCAGUGACAGAGAAGGCAGCUUGUCAGGCAAGUCAAGAGAAGCAGCUGCUGGAAACUGAGGUGUCUGAGCUGCGUGUGAGGCUCCAAAGCUCUGAGGAAAGAGCAGAGGCCAUGGCCACACAGUGUAAGGCCGUGGAGCUGGAGCUGAGGAAGAUGCAGGCUCAGAGAGACCAACUAAAUGCCUGCAAACAGGAGCUGCAGAAGAAGUUGGAGGAAAGUGAGCAAGUGUUGUGGAGGGCACAACACCAGAAGACCACUCAACAAACUGCCCAGAAUAAAGAGGCCAUUGCCCUGCAGGAAGAGGCUGUGACUCUUCGUCAGGAGGUGGCAUCUCUGCAGAGGAAAUUGGAGAGCCUGGAGAAGGAAAGGAAGGAUGUGCUGCAUGAACGGGAAUUGUACCAGCAGCAGAUGAGAUAUCUGGAAAAGAAGAAUGAAAUGCAUGCAGCUGAGAUGAGAAAUCAUGGGGAAAACAGUCAACAAUUGGAAGUGGAGAGGGAAGGCAUGCAGGAAGAGUUAGAGCAUGGGACUGCUGCUUUGAAGAAAUGGAUAGACAGUGCUCAAGUCCUGAGGGCUGCACUGAACAAGAGUGAGAUGUCCAAAGGGACUCUGAAGAAACAUUUGGACAUCCUGAAGGAAAAGACUUGUAUCCAGCCGGCUUUUGAAGCACAAGUGAAGCAGCUGUUCUGUAUGUCAGACGCCAGCCUGGAAUCUGAGCAACCGGCUGCAUCACCAGAAAAGGAGAAGACAGAGUGGCCUGAAUGGAGCACUGAGCCCAGGAGAACUGGCGAGCAGGCUUCUCAGGAGCAAGAGUCGUUGAGCCGGGCUCUGGAGCAGCUGCACCAGGAAUCCUCUGGCCAAGGGCACGCACUGGCCCAGGUGUGCAGAGAGAAGGAGCUGCUGGGCCAGGAGAAGGCUGCCCUUGAGGGCCAAUUGGCAGCCAUGGAGCAGCAGCAACAUGACCUAUGCAAGGAGCUGGCAGAGACCAGGUCAGCAAAGGAGAGCCUGGAAUCCAGCCUGUUUGCUGCUCAGCAGCAGGUAUCUCAGCUGGAGAUCACCAGGAACCAUCUGGAGGCUCAAAUGCUCACAGUCAUGCAGGCCAAGGAGGUGAUACAAGGAGAAGUGAAGUGCCUGCAACGUGAGCUGGAAGCAGAGAGAGCUCUCAGGAGGCAGGAACAGGAAGGCACAGCUCAGCAGCUCUUGCAGGCAGAGCAGCAGCAUCAAGAAAGCCUCAGGCUGCAGAGAACUGCUCAACAACUGGAACUAAACAAGCUCCUGCAAGACCUGGCAAGUGAGCGUGAAAGGCACCAUGCAGAGAUGCAGGAGCAAUGGGAAAAAGAGAAGGCAGAGAGAGAGCAAGAGCACCAGAAGAUUCUGUCUGAGAUGAGGCAGAAAUUUGCCACUUUGGAGGCCCAACAAGAAGCAGAACAAACAAGAUUUGAAAAUGCCAAGCGAGAGGUGCUGCUGGAAGAGCAGAAUGAGAGGAGUGCUUUAUCAGAGGCACUGCUCCAGACUCGGGGAGAGCUCAGCCAAGCCUGCCAGCAGAUCCAGCAGCUCAGGCAGGAGUUGAAAGAGCAGCAAGAGAAGGAGCAGACCAUCAAGGCAGAGCUGCAAGCUGAGCUGCAGGAAGCUCGGAGUGAAAUCCAGGCAGCGCAGAGGAGGCACAAGGAAGAGCUGCAAGGCGUCAGGGAGGAAAUGAAUCUCCUCCUUGAGCAGAGGGACGCUGUACAAAAGCAGGUGGGAGAGUUGACAUCUCAGCUGGCAGCCUCCCAAGAGUCCCAGGAAGCGAUUGUCCAGAGAGCACAGAAGGAUGUGAGCUGGGCACAGGAUCAGUCAAGGCAGAAGCUGUUGGAGGUUGAACACACCAAGAAGCAGCUGGAAGAGGCAGAACAUCAGAACAAGGAGCUGCAAGUGCACCUGCAGAACCUGGAGAGGGAAUGGAGUCAAUGGAAAGAAGUGGCUCAGCAAAAUUCAGAAUUGCAGGCUUCUGUGAAUGUCCUAGAGAGGGAAAAAGCCAGGCUGAUUCUGUCUCUGGAGGAAAAGAACCUGUGCCUCAGGACGCUGGAAGAAAAGAACCUGGAACUGAACAAUCAGGUGUCUCAGUUUCAUUCUGCUCUUCAGGAGAAUGAGCGACUCCGUUCCAAGCACGGAAGAGAACUGCUGGAGCUCAACAGCCAGCCCUGUCCCUGA